AUCUGAUUGGGAUGGUCGUAAUGGUUACUUAUCUCUCGUGAGAUAAUGGAGUGGUUUAUUGUGAUAACUCCACGAACCAGCGUGUCUGAGUCUGGCGGUAGUAAUAGUAGCCUUUAGAUUGUCGAAUCGAUAGUGCCACAGCAUCCAAGUUUGGCGCGGUGUGAUCAGUGCUUCAUCAAGUGUUAGAGUUAUAGUUGUGAAAUCCACAAGGUUUUCAGUAGUACUUGGUUCGGUGCUUUCUAUGUCGUGUACUCACUCGUGUUAGGCCUUUAUGUGGUGUUUCCCUGGAAAUAGCAAAACUUGCUUAGGUGAUCUAGUUGCAUUGACAUGGCUUCCACACAAAACCGCAGCAGUUUUGAAACUGCCAAAAAUGAUGAUGAGUACAAUCCAUUCGAAAGGCGCCAAAUCCGAAAAGCCAAUUCAUCCAUCGGGACGCUCAUCCACAUGGUGAAAGGUUCGCUAGGAACUGGUAUACUGGCAAUGCCUUUUGCCUUUAAAACCGGUGGUCUCGUGUUUGGUAUCCUGGGAACCGUACUAGUAGCACUCAUCUAUACACAUUGCGUUCAUCUGCUGGUUGGUACCUCCCAGAAGGCGUGCAGACGUAGCAGAAUACCCGUGCUGGGCUUUGCCGAAACGGCUGAAAAUGUGUUCGCCAACGGACCUCAUGGAAUAAGGAAAUUUGCCGGAUUUGCCAAAGCUUACAUAGACUACAUGCUGCUCGUGAUCAGCUACUUCUCCGUUUGCGUAUACCUCGUGUUCAUAUCGACAACGCUCCGGGACGUGAUCAACUACGAGCUGAAAAUCGAUUGGAGCGUUCGGAUAUAUAUCCUGCUGACAACGUGUGUGGUUGCCUUCAUAACUCAAGUUCGCGAGCUGAAAUACUUGGUGCCAUUUUCCCUGCUUGCCAACUCGUCCAUCAUCGUGGUCUUCAUCAUCACGCUGUAUUACAUCUUCAAGGAACCGCUUGCACUAUCGAAUCGGAAACUCUGGCCCGAGUUGAGCAACCUGCCGUCGUUUUUUGGCACAGCAGUCUACGCCAUUGAGGGAAUCGGCAUAGUACUUCCGGUGGAGAACAAAAUGAAGCAACCCCAGCAUUUCCUGCAAACUUUUGGGGUUGUCAACUUCGCCAUCUGUUUCAUAACCAUUAUGUACAACAUAGUAGGAUUCUUCGGAUAUGCUACAUACGGAGAGAUAACUAAAGGAUCCGUUACGCUGAAUUUACCAAAUGAGGAGCUGUUGGCCAAAUCGACACAAAUUCUAGCAGCGGUGGCCAUUCUUCUGACGCUGGGACUCUACUACUACGUUCCGAUGGAGAUCUUGUGGAAGAAGAUCAGCCAUAGAAUACCCGAAAGGCGACACAAUCUAGCGCAGAUCGGUAUUCGUUUGGGGAUCGUAGUUGCCAUGAUGGGUCUUGCCUUGACCGUACCGCAGUUGGAGCCGUUCAUCGGAUUCGUGGGAUCCAUUGGGUCGGCCACGUUGGCACUGCUGACUCCGAUCGUGCUGGAUACGGUGUAUCGAUGGCCUGCGGGAUACGGAUGUAUGAAGUGGCGGUUGCUGAAGAAUAUUGUCCUUGGAACGUUUGGAUUGUUUAUCCUCGCCGUAGGAACGUACUUUAGUUUGAUGGAUAUUGUUGCAAUAUAUGAAUGAAAUUGUUA